AUGUCAACCGAUACCAAGACCAAGGCUGAGACGAUUGCAGAGCGCCCUCUCGACGAGAGCUUCUACCGCUUGACCGCAGACGAAGCGAGUUUCUACAAGGCCCAGACGGGCAUUACUGACGAUGAUGAGUUGAAGAAGCACAUCAUGGCUGUGCAAGCCAAGGCGUAUCAGGUCUUUCCCUACAGUUGCAUCAGAUCCUUCGGAUUCAGUGUUCUCAAGGUCUCCAAAUUACCUGCCUAUGACCAAGUCUUGAAAUUGGGUCGCGAGCGCAAAGGCGCCAUACUCCUGGACAUUGGCUGCUGCUUUGGAACUGAUCUGAGGAAGGCUGUUGCCGAUGGCUUUCCGAAAGAGAACGUGGUCGGAUCAGACAUACAUGCAGACUUCUGGAAACUUGGAUACGAGCUCUUCAGAGACACAAAGGACACCUUCCCCGCCCCUUUCGUGGCCGCCGACGCAUUCGACGACGAGAAGCUCCAGCCAGUCGAACCGUACUAUAGUCCUGUGUCUGUGGCGAUCCCACCACCGGAUCUUUCCUCCGACUCGCUCACCUCCCUGAACCCGCUUCGCGGUCACGUCUCGGCGCUCCACGCGUCCGCGUUCUUCCACCUGUUCGACGAAGAGCAGCAGCUGGACCUCGCCAGGCGCCUCGCGGGGCUGCUCAGCCCCGAGCCUGGCUCGAUCAUCUUUGGUGCCCACGGGGGUAGGGAAACUAAAGGGCAAAGGGAGUUCGAGACUCGCGGUGGCAGACGCAUGUUCUGUCACAACCCCGAGAGCUGGAAAGAGCUUUGGGACGGGACUGUGUUCAAGAAAGGAACGGUGGAGGUGGAGGCGUUCUUGUUUGAGAACAAGCGGAGUCGGAUCGAGGCUGGAUACGAUAAAGUUCCUAAGGAAUUGAAGGCGCUUACGUUGGUGUGGUCUGUCAAGCGUCUGUAG